AUGACUCCUGCACCAAUACAAAUGACAUCAAAAUACUUGGAGCUCACUCAAGAGAAACGCCAGCAAAUAAGAAGUAAAGUCUUUGAUUUAAACGAUCAUAGCGCAUCUAAUGCUGACAUAUAUGAUGCGAAAGGAGACGCUAGUGUUAACUAUAAGCAGAGGAGCAACAGUAGUCACCAAUCGAACGACGAUAUAACCGAUCGCAGUAUGAAAGAGUCGUAUACCUCAUCUAUAUUGCUGCCUGAACUCGAUUUGUCAAAUUUAGGAAGCGGGAAAUCACUUCAGUCCCUUUGUUCUUUUACAACAACAUCACACGAAAAAGUUGACAAAAUAAGCAACGAAGAAGAACGAGAAGGUAAUAGAAAACCGAAGCAACCGAAAUGGAAUGCAAAAGGUUUGCAAAGACGUGGAUUUUCCAUAUUCAAAGCAGUUUAUGAAUUUCAUAAAGAGCAACAACAUCAGUUAGAGCAGAAGCAUGUGUUGAAAGAAAGCUCCUUCACGGCAGUUGGCGGAGAAAAGAUAAGUAAUACAAUUGCUGAGCAAAGUAACGCAAAAGGGAGAUUAAAUCGACAGAUGGAAGACAAAAAAAUGGCGAGAGUGAAGCCAGGUUUAGUAUCGGAUAGGGCAGCACUGUUUGAAGCUCAAUAUAAAGAAGAAACUGCUCAGUGUCCUCAAAGGGAUCAAAUCGAAGUGUCGGUGAAGGAACGCAUGAGAUUAUUUGAAAGGAAUAGAACUAAAUCUUUGGCACAGCGGGCGCGCCUCGGCGGGGCUUCGACUCAAUUUUCUCAAAGUAAAAAAAAAACACAAAUUAAAGAUGUGUGCGCGACUGUCAAGCUUCCUACAGUCAAAGCCAAUGUUGAUAAGAAGGUACGAGCGAAAGUGGUUGCUUUGCUGCUGGCUUCAAAUGAAAAUAAAACUGAAGGUGAUCUACGUAAGCGAAGGGAAGAAGAUUUGCAAGUACUAGCCAAGGCGUUUAAUAAGAAAAAUCAGUAUUACGGUAUUCUGCCGGCAGCUCUUCAACAGCCAGAGAAGGGCGUAAAUUUAGGACAAGAGCCCGAGUCUAAUUCUUCCGCUAUUCCUUUACCAACGCCACAAACUUUGGACUUUUAUGCGAAACAAGAACCUUUAAAUGAUCCCAACGAUAAUGAAGCUAAACGAACUCCCAUAUCCGACCAUAAACUUGCAUACAGUGAUUCAUCGGAAUUUGACUCCAAUAAAUCGUUUUCGCAUAGUGAAAAUAGUUAUCGCACACACACCACUGUCUCCUCCCUGAAUACAACAAAUGAUUUGAAAGAAACGACAGAACCUUUAAGUUCAAGCGAAAAGCAAAGAAAUAGAUUGCAGCAAAAAGGACUCGAGUGGGGAGAAGGCGAAACUGAGAGCAAUAUCGGGGAAACCAAAACCUGCGAACAUCACUUUAGUGCGAUGAAAGUUAUCCUUAAUGACAAUGAGAUGCUAAACGUGCAACGUAUCAAUGGGAAGUCAAUGACAGCGCAAAAAGCUACAAUGAAAGAAAUGUGCUUUGGCGACACCAAUCUUUAUCCUCAAAAUUCUCGUAGUCUGGAUAGUUCUUUAAACGCCUUUGAAGGGUGCAUAGAUUGUAACAGGAAUUUACACAAAUCUUUCGAUUAUCAAGCGGAUGGCACUGAUGAUUGCUCUGAAGACGAAGAUCGUCAACAAGAGGGAAACAAUAUGCGUUUAUCGAGGGACCUUGGCCUUGGUACAACAACUAUUCCCAGCUCUUCUUCCCGCAGCCCUUACGCGCAAUCCGCCGAAAUGGAGUUGAAUGUACACAAAGACAACAGUAAUUUGACUAUGCUUUCACAAGCAGGAAACGCUCGUCCUGAAGAUAAACGUGCACCUUCUACAUGGAUACAUGAAACAUGCUGCGAACACAAGCAGGACGUCUUGCAAUUCGAUAACGGUAAUGACAAUAGCGAUGUUGAUUUAAUGCAAAUGAAUGAAGAAGAGAACGAUAGUAUUGCGAUUCCGCAGAAAAUCAAAAAAUUGUUAGACGAAGUUUUCAAACAAAAACGUAUUACAGCUCAGGCUAGCCGAGCUUUGAAGUUAUGUUCUGCUACUACUAUCCUUUCCGGUGGUGCGGAAACCGCGGAAAAGAAACGCCAUUUAUUGGCGGCGAUCAAUCGCCGCCAAGCGUGUUUAAAUGAAGUGCAAAGCUUGCGUGUGGGAAAAAGGAUGCAUUCUUUGGGUGUGGCACGCGAAAGGGGACGUAUUACCGUUAAAGAGAUUACGUUGCCGUUGCGACAAUGCUAUACACGACAAUUGGCCUUAGAAACUACACCUGGUCAUUACUUGGUCUGCUUACUUAAAUGCAAUGAAUAUGUGUUGGCCACCAAAGCGAGACCGACUUUACCGGGUUUAUUGGCGGUGAAAUUUCCCGAAAUUUUACGCCUUAACGGCGUGAACACAGACUUCAAAGUUACCAUAGAAAUUUACGGUAUGUCGGCUGUGCCUCAUCAGGUUGAAUAUCGUUUAAAUUCGAAUAAGAUGCCUAAGAAAAAGAAGAAGAAUAGAAACGAUAGUUGUAUAACAAUUUCACCGGUUCAAAGUUCGUCAGAAUGUCCGACAAAUUUGGUGCAGUACGGGUUUGCCGCAUUUACCCUAAGGGAAGUGCAGAAGACUAAUUGGACUUUUGUGCAGGUUGCGGACGCUUGCCCUCUAGAAGGUCUUGUGCAUAUGAAAGUUAAUUGCGAGAUGUAUGUAUCGGUGGAACAUAACGGUUUUCUUACCAUUUGUAAGAAUGUUUCCGGUUUAGGUGCUUGGCAUCGAUAUUACUGCCAUUUAAGCGGUACUAUCUUCAACUACUGGGAAUAUCCUGAUAAUAAUACAGAAAAGGAGCCUAUUGGUUCCAUAGAUUUGUAUAGUGCCGUCACACAAAAAGUGACGAUAGCACCGCCUGAUGUUUGUUCACGUCCUAAUACCAUUAUGCUGGAAUGUCACCGCUCUAUUCGAGAAAUGGACCAAGCAUCUUCGAGGACCGCAGCCGAUGAGCAUAAAACGACAGUUCGGCAUCUAUUGUCGACUGAUACUGACGAGGAAUGCCUUGCUUGGUGCGCCUAUUUUAAUAAAGCUUUGGCUGUAUUGCGUGCAUGGGGAUUACCACAGUAA